AAAACCCGCUAGAAGGAGGGGUCGAACCUCCGACCUUGUGGUUAACAGCCACACGCUCUAACCAACUGAGCUAUUCCAGCUUGCUUGAUUCUUACAGUACAAUCACCGAUAUAUACUCAUCAUUACAAAACUCGGAAGCAAACUGAAUAUGUCGGAAUGUGGUCUGAAACCAGACUCUGAUCGAUCACUGCUUCAAUGUUGAGGAAAACUCUAACAUCAAUCCAACGAAGAAGACAACACUUCUCAUCGUCUUCUUCUUCUUCUCAAGAAAGUGAAUCCCUUUACUCAUUCCUGAAACCAUCUCUCUUCUCCCACAAACCAAUCACCCUCACUCCCUCCUUAUCACCGCCUCCUCAACCCUCCAAAGCCCUAACCCACGACCAAAAAGCCUCCCUCGAAUCCACCCUCCACCUCUCCUUAUCCACCCUCAACACCGACGAAGCAUGGAAGUCCUUCAGAUCCCUCGUCGCCGCUUCUUCCCUCCCGGACAAGCCUCUCCUCAACUCCCUCAUCACUCACUUAUCCGAAUCAACCACCUCCCCGCACAGACUCAAACGCGCCUUCGCUUCCGCUGCUUACGUCAUCGAGAAAGAUCCAAUCUUGCUCGACUUCGACACUCUCCUCACGCUUCUCCAGUCCAUGAAGAUAGCCAAAGCUGCUUCCCCUGCGUUGGCGUUGGUCAAGUGUAUGUUCAAAAACAGGUUCUUUGUCCCCUUUGAUCUCUGGGGAGGUUUGGUUAUCGACAUCUGCCGAGAAAGUGGAACCUUGUCUUCGUUUCUUAAAGUGUUUAAGGAGAGCUGUAGAGUUGCAAUCGAUGAGAAGCUUGAUUACAUGAAACCUGGUUUGGAAGCGUGUAACGCGGCUCUUGAAGCGUGUUGUAGGCAGAUGGAGUCUCUAACCGAUGCUGAGAGUGUGAUUGAGUUGAUGGCUGUGAUUGGUGUGAAGCCUGACGAGUCCACCUUUGGGUUUCUUGCUUACUUGUAUGCAAGAAAAGGGCUUAAGGAGAAGAUAAAGGAGGUUGAGAGUUUGAUGGAUGGUUUUGGUUUUGCUAAUAAGAGAAUCCUUUAUUCGAAUAUGAUUAGCGGUUAUGUUAAGGUUGGUGAUUUAGAUAGUGUUUCUGAUGUUAUACUCCAUAGUCUUCAAGGAGAUUGUAGCUUCUGUGAGGAGACGUAUUGUGAAAUAGUGAAAGGGUUUAUAGAGAGUAAAAGCGUCAAGAGUUUAGCUAGACUAAUAACCGAAGCUCAGAGGUUGGAGUCUGAGUCCAUUGACAUUGACGUAUCAGUUGGUUUUGGAGUCAUAAACGCUUGUGUUAAACUCGGAUUCUCUGAUAAAGCACAUAGUGUACUCGAGGAGAUGAUAGCUCAGGGAGAAGAAGGAACCGUGGGGCUUGGGGUCUACUUACCAAUCUUGAAAGCCUACAGCAAAGAGUACAAAACAGCUGAAGCUACUCAGCUGGUUACAGAGAUCAGCAGCUCCGGUCUACAGCUAGAGGUUGAGAUCUACAACGCUCUGAUAGAAGCGUCAAUGACCAACCAGGACUUCGUGUCUGCGUUCACGUUGUUUAGGGACAUGAGAGAGGCAAGAGCGGUGGAUUUGAAAGGGAGCUACUUAACAAUCAUGACGGGACUCCUCGAGAAUCAGAGACCAGAGUUGAUGGCAGCGUUUCUAGACGAAGUAGUGGAGGAUCCUCGCGUGGAAGUGAACUCUCAUGACUGGAACUCGAUCAUUCACGCCUUUUGUAAGUCGGGACGGUUGGAGGACGCGAGGAGGACGUUCAGGAGGAUGGUUUUCUUGCGUUACGAGCCUAAUAACCAGACCUACUUGUCGUUGAUCAAUGGAUACGUGAGUGGUGAGAAGUACUUCAAUGUCUUGCUCCUGUGGAACGAGGUCAAAGGGAAGGUGUCGUGUGUAGAUGCGGAGAAGAGGUCGAAGCUGGACCAUGGUUUGGUGGAUGCGUUCUUGUAUGCGUUGGUGAAAGGAGGGUUCUUCGAUGCGGCGAUGCAGGUGGUGGAGAAGUCUCAGGAGAUGAAGAUAUUUGUGGAUAAGUGGAGGUAUAAGCAGGCGUUUAUGGAGACUCAUAAGAAGCUUAGGUUGCCGAAGUUGAGGAAGAGGAACUACAAGAAGAUGGAAUCUCUUGUUGCCUUCAAGAACUGGGCUGGUCUCAGCACAUGAGAAAAGCCAGAGGUGUUGUCUGUUUAUGGUGUUCUGACACGUGGAGUUGCUAAUUUGGGGGGAGCAGGAGACUAGGAGAAGCAGCCAAGCCAUUGGAAACGAAGCAGAAGAGGGGACACAGUAGAAAAGGCUUUUCAAUCUAAAGAAGCAUAGAAAAGCUUAUGAUAUAGUAGGAGUUUUGAUCCAAGACGAACGAACAGAGAAGGGAGUGAUGAGAAGCCGGUUUUGGGAACUGACAGUGAGGGGUCAAACUGAGAGGAUGAACAUUGGAGACAGCAGUUACUCAGACGAAGCACCAAGCAGCACACAGUCAGCAGUUUCACAUCCAAUGUGUGUUUGUUUCUUUUCUUACUCACCGUACUAGUCUUUGAUUCCGGGAAACAGGAACUUAUGUUUUGAUUAUUCUUUUUUUUUUAGCUAAAGACACUUGACAAAAAAAAGCACUAAACAACUGGGGCCUUGUUUCUGACGUAAAACAAACGUCGUUAUGACGUAGAUACACAGAGGAAGACACGUCUACAUAAAAAAAACCCGUGACGAUCGUUAAAACGAUUUUCGGAAUCUAAUCAUUCAUGGAUCAAUUAAAAAGGGUAGGUCCCACACUUAGCCUGGCUGGUCAAACUAGAAGCAGCCAUGUGGAGACCCUCCUUAAAUAUAACAUCACAGACAAUUGACUUCUCCUGGGUCCUACUCCCUCUCUCUCUCUCUCUCUAAAGUCUGUAAUGACAACGACAAUUAAACCGAGAGAGACACGCCUGAAAGUGAAACGCUAUCUAUCUAUCUAUCUCCCAAAACUUCACAUUUUUAUUAUUUUAUUUAAAAUAUAUACAUUAUUAACAUCACCAUUUUUUAACAAUAUAUUUUUUUAACAUCACUGAUAAUUAGUAAAGUAGUGUGUUUUGAAAAAAAUUCCUAGUUAAAAAUAUAUAUAUAUUUUGAAAGCUAAGCUUUUUAGACUUUGUUUUAUCAUUCUUUGUUCUUCUUUUCCUCGAAGUUCAUAUACUCGUUUGACUGUUUCCAAUACGUCAACUAACUUUUUUCUUUUGUAUUGAUUAUUGAGCCAAUAAAUAUUUUUGUUUUCUUUUAAAAUUGUCGUUUUCUUUUAGAGUAAAGAAACUUUCAUCUUUUGCAACUUGAAUUUCGAGAGAGAGAGAGAGAAAGAGAUCAAAAAUCUACAAAAGACUUAAAACCUUUUUAUUUGAUUUUAUGUUUCUCAAAAAAAAAGGGUAAAUCGAAAAAUCAGGGCUUUGAUUA